GACCUAGAGUACGUUAUUCCAGUUGACGUUGGAUCAGCACCAGACGUGCCCGGUUACGUAAUUCCAAUUGAUGGCGGAACAGCACCAGACGAAAUAGGUUAUACAAAUCCAGUUGUUGUUGGAUCAGCACCAGACGAAUUAAGUUAUGUAAUUCCUGUUGAUGGUGGAACAGCGACGCGUGAAGAAGUCCAAAUGUCACAAUCCUCUGAUUACACUGAGCUUGAUAGGAUCAGCCAAGUCGAGAGCGAAGCAACGAAUGCUGAUGGCUACCAGAAACUGUUAAAGCGUGACUCAGGUUAUGUUAUACCGGCCGAGCCAGAGCCAAUAUACCAACAUGUAAGCUAA